AUGGCCGCCGUCGCCGUCGAAGAUUUUGCAGAAAUGUACGGGGAGUGGCAGAAAUACUCGAGAGUUGCCUGCGCGCCAUGCGUGGCGGCAGGGCUAGCCCUUCAAUGCGCCCCUGCCAAAAGCCGCACGUACAAGUGCAACCACUGCGUCAAGGUACGGAGCGGUGGCUCUAGUGUUCCUUGCACAUGGCAUGUUGCGAUCUCGAAGUACAAGCUGAAGAAUGGGAAAGUCGUCGGCGGUACUCCGUAUGCAUGGUGGGUAAAGAUGAUGAAGACAGCCCUCAAAGAGGAGCGCAGGAAAGAAGCGCGCUGCAGGCGGGUCACUUCAGGUGGCGGGCAACAGGACCCAGGAAGCGACAAAGAAGACCUCGGGGAAAGUAGUGGGAACCCUUCAGAUGGAGAAGGCGGCGACAACAACGAUAGCUCUAUGCGGGCCCCGUCCCCCGCUGCACACGCCAACGAGGGCGCCUCCGCUAGGUAUGCUGACCAAGCCGGUGAGGAUGCCUCCUCCCCGCGUCGCGGGCCCGAGCAAGAGGAGGAUGGCGAUGGUAAUGCGCCUGCGGAGCCGUGCCCCGAGCACGAGCCUGCUAACAGCGACCACGGCCAUAUGCCCACCUCCAUGAGCCCUGUGCACGAGCUGUCCCACGGCGACCACAGCAAUGCGCCCGCCAAGCCACGCCCCGUGCACGAGCCGUCCCACGGCAACCACGGCAAUGCGCCCGCCGAGCCACGCCCCGUGCACGAGCCUGCUAACGGCAACCACGGCAAUGCACCCACCUCCGACCAUUCCCCCAACGGUGGGGGAGGCGAGGAGGACGAAGACCCUUACAAAAGCGGCACUGACACCAACACCGAGGCAGUACAAUGCUGCGGUAAUCCCAUGAUCAUGCCAACUUUGGAGGUGGGCAAGAAGAUCCGCCUCGCGUACCUCAAGCAGGAACUGUGGCAGCAGGCGGGGCACCUGCCUUAUCUGUGCAGCGCGGCCGAAGCGUCUUCGCGCGCCUGCACAACACACGGGGCGACCGACGAUAUGCGAACGGACGACACCACACGCAGGACCGAAGGAGACGUUAAAAUGUACGUGCAAGACGGCGAGUCCGGCCUUAAGGGGUGCGAAGGAGAAGGCGGAAGGGGGGACAUCGGCGAGUGGAGUCUGGUUGAGACGAUGCGACGUAUGAUCGCUCUUGAAAAGGAGAGAGCAGAGCUCAUCGAGGCGAUAGGGAAAGUCGAUUGCUGGAAGAAAAGCGAGCGGGACGCGAUUACGACGAAGGUUGAGAGGUUCCGCGUCCAAGCUCGCCUCGCUAUGGUAGCCUACGGAAAGCAUGUUCCCCCGAAGGUCGUCCAGGCUCACAACGCGGCGAAGAAGCGGCUGCCCAACCAGGCCUCUCGACUCGUAUGGCGCAACGAGGACGGCGAUCGUGCUUGUGGACUGGGGGCGCAUCCAAUGGUGUUGGGCAUGGUCCCCUUGGACGACAAGGACCUCUACGGGCUGAACGGCUCAAUGGAGAACAUGGGCUGGUAUCUGCCGUCAAAAUAUCACAGCAUCAUCCGACGACAUCCAGCGAUGGCCGAGGCGGUCACCGUCGAGCAAAAGCUGCGCGAGGGCAAAGCGAAUGACGCGCUCAACACCCUCCGCACGCUGCGCGACCUUCGCUAUGCUGCCGCUGGUCCAAAGCACGCACACGAAGUGAAGGAGGAGUUGGGGGUGAACAAAAAAGAGGACGAGGCAAAGGUCGAGUAUCGCCAGCUGCGUGUGCUCCUGCGCCUGUUGGGGAUGCCGGAAGACGACGAGACCUAUCCGGCGGUACGCGACAAGGAUCCCAUGCAAUUCGUUGUUCCAGUCAACAACGGAGCAGGACCGUCGGGCGAAGAGGAUGAAGACGACAACGACAAAAGCAAAAGCGAGGGCGAAAAGGAGUGGACGGAGGAAGAGGUCGACGUGUACUAUCACCAGCACAUCACGGUGGUUGUAUGGUACAAGGUGGGAACGGCUCCCAUCCAUCGUCAAUUGGCGGUACUAAAAUGGCAAUCAUGCCCACACUUCCGAGUGUCGGAGUUGACAUCCCUUCCGUCGAUCGUGGCACUCGAAAAACUGGAGAAGUGGGAUAGGGUGAUGGUCCAAUGGAUGGAUUUCGGCCGGUACGAGGAAGUCAUUGAUGUCGACCACGAUGUGCACACCUACUUCGUGCGCGUGCGAGGGCUGGUGUGCGUGGGUUUUGGAAGGGAGCUGGACGUGUCCGAGCGCGCAGAGGAGCGGUUUGGGUACCCCCGUCAAGCGGUGAGCCAGUCGAUCAUUGGGCCAAAGGAAGGGUAUAUGUGGGUGGUGUUGUGGAACGAGAACGACUGCGGAGCGGAAACGUACCACUUCAGGACACCGCAUGCGCCAUUCAUCAUGGAAGAGACUGAGGCAUUCAUAGCGGGUGUUACGGGGCUGGAGGGCCCACCGUUCUUGUGCUACUGGUCGGUGGCAGAAUGCCGAUGGAAUGCGAGCCCGCGGUACGCGCCAAUCGAGAUUGACACAUCCGCGCCGCUUGUGUUACUCAGACGACCCGAUGUCUUCAACCUACAUGGCGUGGGCGACGCCUUGACGGUGUUGGAGGGAGAGAGGGCUGCGAGCAUCGUGAUCCAACCCAGAGCUCGCGAGAGCUCUCAGAGACCCUACCCUCAGUCGAGGAGUGGGCCCCAUCCAUCGAGACAGGAAUUGUUGGCCCAUCAGGCGGCGCUGCGGGACCAGGCCAAUGCCAGUUAUCAGGAACUAGCCGACAAUGGGCCUGGACUGCAGACGCUAUCCCACUGGGGCCACACCCUGGUGCAAGAGUAUGCUGAUGAAGUCAACACCAUGAACUCCCGGUUCAACCGAGUGCUGGAGGAUAACACCCGCACUAUCCGGGACAUUGAGAAGGAACUGGCGUACACCCGCGUUCUGCUCGGAGUAUCUAGUCCUGCCGAGGACCCGGCGCGACACCGCCCCUAUCGCACUACGGUGGAGGAGGUACCCGAGGAGCAGCCUGGCGGCUCCGUCCGAUCUUAUUCAUCUGCCAGUACGCGAGAAGCCGAGGACCAACAGCGACCGUCACUGGCGCGGGUGUCCCAACAUGACCCUCGUGAGACUCCCCCUCACCUGCAACGGCAGACCGAGGGAGGGUUCAUUCGAUCGCGCAUGGUCUGA